AUGCCCCGCAAGAUCAUCAUUGAUACCGACCCUGGCGUGGACGACGUCCUCGCCAUUCUCCUGGCGUUGGCCUCGCCCGAGGUCGAGGUUGCGCUGAUCACGCUCGUGUUUGGUAACACACACGCUAUUAACACUCGUGACAACUUGCUCAAGAUGUACUAUCAGCUCGCGCGGGAGCGUGAAGCUCACCCUGGCGCCAAGGAGCGCUACCCACUGGCCAACCGCACCGUGGUCGCAGUAGGGGAAGACGCACCUAUAGGUGGCGAGAAACAUGUGGCAACUUACUUUCAUGGUCGUGAUGGGCUCAGCAACAUCUCUGAAACCAACCCCGAGUUCACGCCGCCCGCGGGCACUGAAUACCCGCUCGAGAUCAGCCAGAAGAGCGCUCGGGAUGAGAUUCUCCAGUUGCUUGCGUCUGAGCCGGAGGGAAGCGUCACGAUUGUCGCUCUUGGUCCUUUAACGAAUGUCGCCCAUGCCUACCGCGCGGACAAGGCAACUUUCGCGCGCAUCGGUGAAGUCGUGUGGAUGGGUGGCGCCCUCGAUGUGCCAGGAAACACCUCACCAGUAGCAGAGUUCAACUCCUUCGCCGACCCAUAUGCGUUCGACAUGCUGCGCCUCGCAGCAAAGGCAGGCGAGUUCAGCUUUGUCUUUGCGCCACUCGACAUCACAGCGCGGCACACUGUGCCCUUCCCUGACCUGCUGCAUGAAGGCGGUACGCCGCUGGAGGCGUUCACCACAGCGUUUCUUCUUCGCGUUCGUGGGCUGCAGAAGCGCUUCGGUCUGCCGGACGCAAUGGAAAUGCACGACCCGGUGGCCGUAUGGUACGCGGUUGAGAACGCGCCCGGCACCACGAGUGCGGAGUGGGAGGUGACAGGACGCGAGUUCGGCGUCGAGCGAAGUGGCGAGAUCACGCGCGGGAUGUGUGUGGUCGACCGCCGCGGAACUGGAGAGACGGAGGGGAAGAAGCGCACCGAGGAUGAAGGGCUGCUCAACGACAUUCCUAUGCCCGCCACCAAAGCACAGGCAUCCGAAACACACUUCCCCAAGCCCGAGGCGAACGUAUCACCCAACGGCGAGGCGGAAGCUGAGGACGAGCCGGAGAAGUCGAAGGCGUUGCCUAAGGCAAUUACCCGCACGCCAGGCAGCGCGGCCCUGCGUGUGAAGCUCUUGAGUCGCGUGUUCGGCGCGACCGUGUAGAGUAUAGAAUGCAAUUUAAUUACACACAGAUGCG